GACGCGCCGCAGUGGUUAAGCUGGCACCCCGCGGGACUGACGCGCACUUCGACCUCGCGCAAGGAAUCCACUUCAGCAUUGGCUAAUCAUCCUCCCUUCGGCCUUCUCUGAUUCCAUUCGCAUUCCACGACACUUCGAGAUGAUGACGUGGGUAAUUCAGACGAUGGUGAUGCUCGUGCUGUCUGGCGGGAUGGCUCGGGGCGAUGUCCAGACCGAUGUGGAGAACCUGAGGUCAGCUGUGGUGGUUAAUCAGCUGAUCAUGCAACAGCAGUCACAGGUCAUUCAGACGCUUCUCAAUAAAUUUCUGGAUCAAGAGUCGGACUGCCCCUACCCCUACAAGAUGGUCAUGGGCGAGUGUUUCUACGUGAGCGAGGUGGAGCGCGUGUGGGAGGAGGCCAGGACAUUCUGCCAGGGGAUGAGGGGUGACCUCGCGUCCCCGAACUCCGUCUACGUCCUUCUGGCCUACGUGCGUGACGUGUCAGAUGAGUACGCCUUCUGGCUGGGCGCGACGGACCAGCAGGCGGAGGGCGUGUGGCAGUGGCUGGACGGGCGCCCCAUCACCGACUGGGGGCGCGGGCAGCCCGACAACGCGAACGGCGAGGAACACUGCAUCCACCUGGGCAACAAGUACGUCCUGAACGACAACGAAUGCACCAAGUUACGUCGCUUUGUGUGCGAGUACGUCGGGUAAACGCAUGGCGGGUCGUGUGAAUAAGGGGUUAAGAAGAUUUUUCUUUGAAUAUUAAUACUCCGCUAAAAGCAGCUUGCCGGAAGAAGAUCAAAUCGCGGGGCACCACAAGGCUCUUCCCCGAGUGGGUCUGUAUUGUAAAGGCGAAUAUUUGUAUAAUCUAAGAGAUUUCUUGUGAAUGCCUCCUCUUGAUUUUUUCCUCUCUUGAAGGGGUUACAGGAAAUAUAUUUUGAGAAAGGGGGGGCGGGGAGCAUGAUUCCCAUUCCAAGGGCUGAGGCGGGAGAGCGCAGAUUCGGAGAAGUGGAGAUAUUCUGUUCGUCUAAUAACACGUUAUACAACUGAAUAAAGCAGACACAAAAAGGAAAUUCUAACUGUGGCUGUUUUUUUUUCGUACUUGUUUCAGAAAUACUUUCCAUUAAGGAUAUCUCUUUUGGAUUAAGCAAGGCCCAGGAAAGUAAUCUAUAAAAUGAAAUAGAAUAUUACGUAUUUGCUACUUAAAGGUAACAUUUUAUAUGAUUUUGAUUUUGAUUUAUGGCUGUGUUGUGUUGUAUGUUUAUAUCAGACAUCAUCAGUAUGUUAAUUACAUUAUGUAUACACACCCGCUGUAUAGCCUGUAUUUUUAAUAAAUAAUGUAAUGUUUUCUACCACAUGAUGCAUUUUGUGGAAGAAUUAUUGCACUUGUAAUAUAAGAUUUAUGUUAAAAGGUAUCAUAUAACAUUAAUAAUUGUGUCUAUGUAUUAGUGACUACAUAAGCCACUUUUUUCAGAUAUAUAUAUACAAGUAAUUCUUCUCCGAGGUUAUCACACGAUUAACAAUAAAUAACCCAAUACGAUGUACAAGUUAA